AUGAGUUCUCUAUCCCAAGAAAUACCAUCUUCUGCAAUGAGAUCAGAAACCCAAACAAGGUUAGGGGAAGAGGGUGUUUUGGUUAACAGGGGUGCUGGAUUGGGAAUUGAGGAACUGGAUUCAGCUAAUCUUGCUUGUCGUCUUGUCCAUUUUUUCCUGGGUUGGUGGGUUACUGGGUUGGGGAGAGAGGUUAUAGCAAGUGGAGGUGUGGAGAGUGAGAAGUCCAUGGGUUGUUCAUUAGAAACUGUGUUUGGGUUUUGGAAGUCAAGGAUUAUAGAUUUGCUUGAGGCUUUGGUUUUGUCUGGUUGGGUGCUCACAAUGAUCUGCUGCGGGUGGGUCGUCUUCUCACUGCUGCGCACUCAGCUCUGGGCCUGGGGCUGUUCGCGGCGGGCUGUGGGCUUGCGGUACGCUGAUGUUAAAACUUGCGAGAAAGAAGCCGAAAGGUUGAGGGGUUUUCUGAUCUGCUCGGCUAUUGAAGUAUUCCAGAUCUGA